UGUAAUUUCAAUCUGCUUCUAUCACGUAUCGUUGUCGGACAUUAUUGAAACUCAACCACCUAAUUAUAUCUUCGAAAGUCCCCCUGCGCAUCAACAACAUCAAGAAAAAAACACCACACGCAAAAAAUUAUGGCGGCUCUGUUGAUUUGGUGUUUUUAGAACAAAUGUGGGACUACACUUUGAUAAUUAUCUAUCUAACCCCCUAAAGAUGGCAAUACUGAUCAAAGCAUCAAGUGCUUCUUUAGACACCCUGUUCUUAUACUUCUUUUUCUGACCACGACCACCUCCGGUUACUGAACUCGUACUUGUUUCUGCGUGUUGAGCUUUUUUUCUGCGAUAUUUUUAAAUUUGAAUUUAUGUAGGUUUAUUCCCAGCAAUCCAUCGUGCUUCGCCUCUUGAUGUAGUUUAUUUAUUUUUCCGUAGCCACCUUCUUGUAUGUAUGCGUGAAUUUUUAUUGCAGGAGAUGUGACAUGAUCCUAUUUGUAUUUGUAACCAUCAUCUAUCCUGUAUGCCUGUACUAGUUGAAUUAUCGCGUCGUCAUUUACCACAACCAGCCCACAAAUAAAAAGGUUUUAUUUCCUAGAGCCAAUCAAAGACUUCUCUUUGAAGGCAAGAACGGUCGUGGAGCGCCAACCCCCCGGAGUGGCCGGCCUGUCCACAGAUGCCACCGAGGAUCCAGCCAGUAUCUUAGCGUUAUCGGACGAAAGAAGCGCAGGCAGCUCUUGCGGGACAUGCUUUUACACAUGAUUGUCCAGGUUUGUACAUGACACUGUUUUAUCUGUGUGGAUGGCGGACUGUUUCCAGUAAAAAAUAAAGCAAAAUCCGACAGAGUUGCAUGUAUGUAUAGCAUUAACGAAACUACAAAUUGGAAUUUGCAACCCUGGUGCUGUCUACACUUUUCAUUUCCAUAGGCUGCGGCAUUACCACUCCGUGUGGCGUGCUCCUGGCGAUGUUUUGCUGAUGUCAUAUAAUUCACACGCUACCUCCUUGCCCCAUUCGUAAUUCUCUGAAUUUGUAUACUGCUUGGAUCAUUUUCUUUUCGAAUAUGUUUCAUCAUGAUUCAAAAACACUGUACUUUUACUGGCUGCAUUUGAUAUUUUUUCGGAACGCGCUCCCUUUGCUUUGAAAACCGACGACAACGAGGAAACCGCGCUGCCUGUGGCUACGAUUCGCAAUGAAAAUUGCCUCGAUCAUCAUCUCGUCGUGCAGCAUCGUAGCGACCACACGACCUACUGAUUUAGAUGCAGGUGCCGAACAAGUCAUAAUGGCGCCCGCGUUUAGUUACGAUCAUAUGCUUGGGGACAAGCUGUGCUACCAGCGCAUCGGUCAGUAGCAAAACAUCCGUUUGCAGGAACUACUCGCCUGGCAGUGGGGUUUGCAGAACCAUACGCGCGUCGACUGCGGUACUAGACAUCUUCACCGGAGGCGGAGGGCAGAUCGAUGAACGGAUUCUGAAGUGGGGAUCCUCUACUUUAGCUAUCUUGCAGCCGCAAAAAAUACCUCUCUCAGCCAGAGAAAUUUCAAAUUCAUGGCACCUUGUUUCGUUUAUUUUUACGCAUUGAAAGAUACUAUAAUCCCAAGGAAAUAAAGAAAGUAGAGAAUUUAAACAAUAGAAGAAAAUUAUAUCUCACAAAAAUUCAGAACACGACCUGUACUAACUCUUGACUAGGACGAUUGGUCAACUAUGGGCUAAUUUCGCCGGAUGACUUCUCGGGCUACAUAAUACUGUACUGAAAUUUAUUUUCCACUCUAGAAAACGAUAGUAACUAUCAUAGUUGAUAUUACAAAACGGGGGAGAAGAACGAGAGGUGCUUCUCCAAUAAGGGCUAGUACAAUCACGAACUCUACAUCAACCCUUCGAUUCUUCACACUACUUUCUACUCGCGGGAGUACUAGCAAAUAGGAACUCCAACUCGCAGGCGGGUACUACUACUAUCGACGAGCGCAGCGGCUGUCGCUAGUACGUGGUCUGGCUACCUCAGUAGAGAUGUUUGGAACAACACCAGAGCGCCCGCGGCGCGGGCGCACCGCGCCCUUGUCACCACCGACAUCGGAGUUGGCGGAAAGUGUAACUGUUUUGUUUGACAAGACAGGGGACAUGUCGGUCCGAAACAGCCAGGCUGAGCAGGUGCAUUUUACGACAAAUUUUAAUUUAUACGUUUUUCUACAAGUACUUGCGCGGCUGAUGUUUAAUGAUGUUCAUCUUUUUGCAGCAUGAUGAUGAUCUUGAAGGAUUUUCACAAAAAUCCUAUUAGAAUCGUGCUCUUUGCAAGUGAAUAUGCACCACCAGCCGGCUGAAACAAAAUACUAAUCAAAACAAAAUCUGAAAAAAUACGAAUGCCUUACAACCUCAACAGGACGGCGGCGAAGGGUCCUCCUCGCCAAUAUUUUCCGGUCGCGCUGGGCCGUCCGGGGGGCGAAUAAAGACACCGCCAGGCCAGUCGUCUACAGACAAAAAUGCCCACGUGAUGCUGUUGCAGUCGGUGACGUCCCCGAGCCGAUUCCGCCAAGGUGUUGUGGGCACCAGCUGCUCUGACGUCGUCGAGCGUGGUCCGCACGGUGAGGACUCGCCGUUACGCACAGCAGCCUCCUACGGCAAAACGACGACGCUGCUCGAGUUUCGGCAGUCGGCAAACAGCUGCCGCUCGAGCGGAUCUUGUGAAGGAGGAGGAGAACCACGACGAGGACGACCCAGCAGCUUCAUAACGAAGUACGCCUCGGCGCCCUCGUGUCUGAAUGAACAGGACCUAACAUUAACAACAUCAACAGGAGAAGGAGUUCACGGUCUCUCGCCGGUCGCGUCACGGUCGACCGCUGCGCGAAAAUUGGCCUGGCAAGACGAGCCGGAGCCCGUGCUGGGGCGCAGUAGUGGUCCUCGUGGGAACGGAUCUAUUCCAACCUCGGGACCGUCAUCUUGUUCAUCAGGAGUGAACAGUCACAAACACCAAACUACGAACGACAGCGGUCCCUACCAGUCGACCACGACAUCAUCUUCUUCCUCGAGAAAAACUUCCGUUGUGCACGACCACGCGAAAGGACAGCAAAAUAGUAAAAAUCCUGCAACGAGCUACAACACACUCAUGGGUGGCGAGGACGGUAGUUGUAGAACAAAUUACGGGGAACAUCAAUACCUCGGGAGUUGUACAACUAGAGCAUUGCAUCGUGCUGGUGCAGCAUCGUCGCCGGUGAGAAAGAUGAACUACGGGGUGAAACUGCCUUCUCCCACCUCCUUAAAACGGGAUCCCCUUCAAGUGGUAGACGAUCCGCGUGCCAGCUUCGACGACGAUGAUGGUACAACUUCUUACCCACCAACAUGCCCUGGCGGUGGAGCAAGUUCUGCUUCCCCACCGGACCUGGUCCUGGAGGACGCAACCUCGCUGGAGGGGUGCAUCUCGCCUGAGUUAAGUACCAGAUUUCCGCGUUGCACGGUGAGCUGCGUUUCCUUAGCUUCGUCCUGCGCGUCGGACAACUUUACGGAGUUCAGCCUCGAAGAGAGCCAGUUUUUUCCAAUGGGGUCGGGCGCAACUACCGGCGGGCAUAGCAACUGCGGCGGCGAUGUGCAGGUGCAGCAGGUAGAGAACGAUCAAUAUUUUAUGGAAGAGCUGCAGCAAGAGAUAGACAAUCUUCAAAAGCACUUGCAUGUAAGUACCUUCCUACAAUCAAAAAAAGCGUCUUUCAAGAUAAUGAUCCCUGAUGGGGCUCCUGUUCAAUUGACACCAAGGUCGUCGACCACGGCUCACCGCAUGAGUCCACCACGUCCUCCUCGGAUGGCAGUGAGCAGAGUCUCAGCCCGGGCAAGCCGAAGUUCUCGUUGCGACCCGCACCCUUCGGCGGUGUGCCUGUCAGUGAAGACGCGACGGAGUUGCUGCUGAGUAUAGAAAUGAAAAACGAUCUUCCUUUCUUUUCCGAUAUUGAGACCGAUAGAGUUAAAACUUCUUUGAAGAAGUAAGUGCGUUCUUUUACUUAAAUCCACUAGCAGUACAGCUUCAGAUCAAUGCUGAGUAGGAUCAACACUCGCGGCUGCCUAAAGCAAAAUCGUGAAUUGUUUCACACAAAAAUAAGUUGACUCGUCUCCGCAGGUAGUAGCAUUGAGUUGAUUCCGAAUGCAGACAACCGAGAUUUCAAGUUUCCGGACUCGCCUGUUGCCCGCACCGGCAUUACCGAGGAGUUUCACAGGUUGUGCAGUGUGGACCGGAAACUGCAACAGAUUUGUGAGGACGAGGUACUACAGAAAUGCUUAUGCUUUAUCGACCCGCCCCAUAUUAAUACAUGUCAACAUGCCAGGUUUGGUAUUUUGGACUUGUCAUGCAGAUGCUGGGGCAGCUUCAUGAUAGGAAUAUGACUCAGUGUCUCUGAAAAAUUUUGUUGAAUUUUCAAACCGACCAGGUGCUGACCCGUCCAAAAUGUUGCGCACUGUCGGUGGAGAGGCAUCCGCACAAAUUUUCCGGUAGCAAUAAGUGCGAGGAGGCUCGCAGAAGUGCUCCGCAGGCCCAGACAAAUACGGGAAUGCAACAGGUAUAGAAUGCAAACUGACACUCUUGGCAAACUCAUAACUGCAUGAGAUAGUAUCUUGAUCUUCCUUAUCCUUAUCGUUCUUUUUCUACGCCACAAGCAGUGAUGAAACAGAAAUACUGGAAAAUACACAUCUUCAGGAGAAUGGCAACCUCCUUGUGCGGCGCAGCUGCGGUAAUAACGUCGAGCGCGUGACCCGGUCGAGGCGCAACACAAACGCAGCGGCUUCGAAAAUGCGGUUCCGCGCGUGCUCCCUGAGUAGCCAUGCGGUUGCAAUCUGCAUGGGCGGUACCAGCCCAAUUCCGUCCAAAAGCCGGUUGCGCGAAUACGAAACGUAUUUUUUUCUUUUUGUGAUCGCAUAGUAUCACUUCGAUAUUUUUUGCAUACCUCGAAUGAUCUUUGCGACCGUUUGUAAUGAGACGACGAAGUUUUUUUGAGUACGUAUUUACGUCUGUCAUGCUUUCCCCUGGCACCAUGAUCAUACAUUUGUGUACGAAGUACGUGCAAAAAUUGAAAUCCAUAAAUGUCACAGCAUCCACGCGGCACGCCUGGACGCGAUGUGUACGGGCGAGGGUAGUGUGAAAAGUUACCUCGAGAGCCUAGUCGCGAAGGUGCAUCGCAGGUACAUCGAGACGAGCCGCGACUCGAAUGCGACCACGACCGCCGGCACAGAUUUUGCCUCAACGACGGCAAGCUCCAGUCUGCAGUCCGUCUGGGGAAAGGACUCUUGA